GAGGAGGAAGAUGGGGAGCAGGGAGUAUCCGCUGCCACUCUGCUUCGACCUCCUUCUCGGCAAAGACCGUGACCGGUGGCCGCCGGAGGCCAGGCUCAUCCGCGCCGCGCACUACGGCGACAUCCGCGGCAUCAAGAAGUUUGCAAAGGAGCUGGACGUGCAGGGGAAUGGGAUCCCGGUGACAGUGGCCAACACAUGCUACAUGGGCAUGAACGCCCUCCACGCCGCCGGUGGCCUCGGCAGGCUGCCGGUCUACCAGUACCUGGUCGAGGAGGUCAAGAUGGACAUCCACAAGCCCGACACAACUCAGGGUUAUACGCCUCUGGAGCACGCCAUCAACAAUGGCCACCUUCCUGCCGUCUCGUACCUUAUCGACCAUGGCGCUGAUCUGCAUCUGCUACGUUCGAGCGUCACUCUUCUUCAUACAGCUACAGUUCAUGGGCACUCUGAAAUAGUAAAAUUUCUACUUUCUAGAGGAGCUGAUGUAAAUGCCAUGUCAGAUCUUGGAACACCACUCGCUCUCGCUGCUCUUAAAGGAUAUGAUAGUAUUGUCAAGAUCCUUUUGCAGCACAAUGCAGAUCCCAAUAAGGCCACCCGUAUGUUUGGACCUUUAGACAUGGCAUUACACAAAUCUUUUGUGUCCUGUGUGAAGCUAUUGAUUCAGGGUGGGGCUAAAGUGAGUGGUGCUAAUCCUUGUGAUAAUCCUUUGGCAAAGGCUGCAGAGAAGGGCUUAACUGAAGCUAUGAAAUGCUUGCUGGAAGCUGGUGCAAAUCCAAAUGUUCUUGACACAUUUGGUAGAUUACCAAUAGAGUUGUCUGCUGAGUAUGGCACACGGGAAGAUGUUGAGAUUCUCUUUCCUUUCACCUCUCCCAUUUCAACUGUGGAAAACUGGAGCGUUGAUGGAAUCAUUAGUCAUGUGAACAUGGAAAUCAAACAACUCGAGGAUGGCAAGUUUGUGAAAAAUAGGAUGGCUGACCUGAAGCAACAAGCGGAUGAAGCAUUUAAGAAGCAGGAUUAUCUAAACGCAUCAGUGUUGUACACAGAGGCACUGAAGAUCGAUAACUUCAACGCUACAUUGUUAUCAAACAGGAGCCUUUGCUGGCUACGCAUGGGUGAUGGAGAAAGGGCUUUCAAUGAUGCAACUGAAUGCACAAAGCUGCGCCCCAAGUGGGCAAAGGCGCACUAUCGUCGAGGAGCAGCUCAAAUGUUCAUGAAGGAGUAUGAUGGUGCCUAUCACGCAUUCUCUCGUGCUUUAGAGUUGGACCCAGAAAGUGAAGAGACUGAGAAGUUAUUCUGGGAGGCGAUGGAACUGAGGUGAUCAAGCCCAGCAUGCUAACUGCAGAGAGAGGCUCACGGGAAGCUCUUACUUUUUUGUGUGCUAAUCGCUGGAAUUUAAAUUAUGUCACCUUUUUUGUACACAACUCAUGGACCGUAUCGGCAGCUUAGAGCAGAACAUGUAGCUGGCUACUUAUUUUGAGUUUCCUGGAACUCACAUCCUGUUUUGUAUGGAAGUGUGGCUGUGGAUGAACUGGCUAUGGAGUGAAUUGUAUGGCACAAGAUUGUGAUAUUUUACAGCUCGCCCAGUUACCCAAUGCACAGCUCCACAACAACUGAGUAGUUUGUUGUGCAGGGUAAACUAGAACAAAAAUGCACAAGUAAUCAUCAUGUAGCAAGGUAUUACUAUUACUAGGGCAUUCCUAAAGUUGCCAUUACUUUACAAUACUGUGCUCAAA